UUACAAUUAUUACCCACGGUUGGCCGUCUCACAGUUGUACGUAUUGCCGUUGACUGAAACGGUAAUUGUACUCGGUUUGUCUGAUUCAACGUUUAAGAAGUUUGUGCAAGACAAGGCAAGUGAGAACCUCGUUGCGAGUCGAUUUGGUGAUCGUGGAUGGGUGUCUGAAUAAUUUGAUUGAAACGAUAAAUAAGUGUGCUUUUUAAAUCCCUGAAUCUUAAUAUGCGAUUCGCAACGAUCAUAUUCACUAAUCGAGCAGAUCGAGUAUACAUACAUACUACGUUCAUAAACGUCAGUACGAAGGCCGUGUACUAAAAUGGCCGAUAUUCAGAAUUCGCCAGUGUUUAGCACUGACAGUUUAUACAAGUUGAGUGUUUCUGCGGUAGCUGAAAAAUUUUUGAGUUUAAAAAAUUAUCUGCCAUAUCUUCCAGAAAACGUAUUGUUCGAUCUCUAUUACCAGUUGUAUAAAGAAAAACGACUAUGCUUACUUGGUGUGGAACUGUGUCAGUUGGAUACCUUUUCCAGACUACUAAAGGUCACAAGCCGCCGGAUUCAUCUUCUACAGAUUUUUCAGGCCCUUAUGGAUCAUGAUACUCGUGUGGACAAGGAACUGGUGAGGGAAUACGAAAUGCGUUGCUUGGGUGAUCCGGUAACUCAUAGAAAAGUGAUCAAUUUAGGCCUCAGACUUGGAGGUUUUCUCAGCGAUGCUGGCUGGUAUGCAAAAAGUCAAAAAGUGCUGUUAGCUUGUAAAAAACUCUGCACAAGUGCUAGACCAAAUCCACAGAACUGGUGCCGAACACUGGAUUGUUGUCACAAAUUGUUACAUGCACAAGCAGCCUACUGUGAAUUUCGUGGAGCAGCAGAAACCCGUGAACUAGCUGUUGAAAUCGUUGAAAAAUUGAAGUUAGCAGGUUGCGAUGGUACUAAUCACGCCGCUCUUUACGCAGAGUUCAGUGUCCUCUAUUUCAUUCGAAGCGAAUAUGACCAAGCCUAUAGGUGGAGCAUGGAAGCUCUCAAACAAUUGACGCCAUCUCUUCCUGCUCGUUUCAUUAUAGAUGUUUUACGGCAAGCUGCCAAAUCUUGUGUUGUCAAACGCGAGUUCCAAAAAGCUGGUCUUCUAAUCAGACAAGCUGUAUACCUUGCCAGAGAAGUUUUCGACAUAAAUCAUCCAAAAUAUAGCGACGUCCUCACAGACUAUGGAUUUUAUUUGUUAAAUUAUGACAGCGUAAUCAACAGUGUAUCUGUGCAAAAGACUGCUCUAGAAAUUAAGAAAACUAUAUUUGGAAAAACGAACCUACUUGUCGCCAUCGCGCAUGAAGAUCUGGCAUACGGGUUAUACGUACAUGACUACAGUUCCGGUAACUUUCAACAGGCAUGUGAUCAUGCAAUAACGGCAAUCAACAUCAUGGAAAAACUACUACCUGGGGAACACUUGAUGUUGGCGAGUGCAAAGAGAGUCAAGGCGCUAAUUCUAGAAGAGAUCGCCUUGGAUAAUAGGCCAAGUGAUCAUUCUGAUCAAGAUCUCCUCUCCCAAUCGGAAUGUCUACAUUUAUCUGCUCUUCAAUUGGCUAAAACAGCUUUUGGCGAAAGGAACGUACAAACAGCCAAGCAUUACGGAAACUUGGGUAGAUUAUAUCAAAGUAUGCGCAAAUUUCAGGCAGCCGAAGCUAUGCACCUCAAAGCCAUUAGCAUUAAAGAAGAGCUAUUAGGAUCAGAGGACUAUGAAGUUGGGCUGAGCAUAGGACAUUUAGCAUCACUCUAUAAUUUCCAUAUGAAUCGAUACAAGGAUGCCGAAAAACUCUAUCACCGUAGUAUAGCAAUUAGUUUGAAACUCUUCGGGGAGAGCUACAGCGGACUCGAGUAUGAUUAUCGUGGUCUCUUGAAUGUAUAUGCAAAAUUGAAUGAGAACCAAAAGGUAUCAGAUUAUACAGAUACCUUUAAUCGUUGGAAAGUACUGAGGGACGAGCACGCCCAAUGUGACGAUCCACCUAUCGACCUGCAAAAAGGACCUCAGCCAAUUAGGGAAGUAAUACAAGCAGUCUUCUCACUGUGAUACCACAGUUGGUGUCCAGUAUCAUUAAACAUUUGCCCAAUUGACUAUUAUCUCAAGCAGGGCGUCAUUCAAGCCAAAGCAGAAUUUAUGAAGUGAUGUACUGCGGAUAGAUCGAUGAAAGUCAUUGUUACAAAAGCACAUUUCACAGUAAAUACAAGAGUGACCCCUUCGUUUUAUAAUCACGAAAGCAAUCAUUUUUAUUUUAUCUUUUUGACAUAUCAUUUAAUUAGCCUUGAGGUUAUUAUCUUACUUUUAUUAUGUUUUUGUUGUUUUAUAAGCCGCGCACCAAAAGCUAGAAGCACCCGUGGUUUUUAUUUCGGUACAGAAAUCGCAAGUCCAGAUAGAGUAGGACUGGGAGUACUCUUGUAUCUUUUGCAAAUUUAGGCCAAUAAAUAGCUCGAUGAAUAGUUUAUUUUAUACAUUAUUAGGUCCAUGAAUACCUGUUAGCACGACGGAUUGUUAUUUGAUUACAGUCAAUAUUUAUUUUCAAAACGUUCGCAGGCAGCUUGCUCAAUAUUUUUGAACUCAUGUGAAAUAAGUACCCUGUAAUAAUUAACAAGAGACGUAAAUAUUAUACUAAUUCAUUAGCACGAGUAUCAAAAAGCAAAUCAUUACUAUUAGAUAAACCAAUACAACUUGUAGCCCAGUCAAAUUAGACGAAUUUGGAGCCAAAUGCCGGGAUAAUUCAAAGUGAUCUAAAUUUUAGUGUACACCCUUAUUGUGUGUUCUGAAACAACGUCCGAAAAGUACUCUUGAUUUGACCUUGAGCUUCGCGAGAUAUAAGGCCUAAAAGGGACAAAAAUUUGGUUUUUCACUUAUAUUUCUCUUUCUAUCGACUUCAGACGUUUGGACACUACACAGUGAAAAUGAAGAUCGCACAAUUCUGUACAAAAAAGAAUUCUUGUAUUUUUUUCGUAGAAUAAACCGUUUAGGCGUAAUGUAGGCAUCAAAAGUGUGAGUUCAAUGCGGAGUACGUCUCUAUUCCACACCACCUAUUAAAGUUGAGGCGCUUUUAUUGCCUACAUUACGCCUAAACGGUUGAUCCUACGAAAGAAGUACAAAAAUUAUUUGUUGUACAGAAUUUUGUGCUCUUUAAUUUCACUAUCUAGUGUCCAACGUCCAAAGUUGAUAGAAAAGAAGAUAUAAGUGAAAAGCCUAAUUUUUGUUCCUCUUAGGCCUUAUAUCUCGCGAAGCUCAAGGUCACAUCAAGGGUACUUUUCGGAUGUUUCAGAACAAUCAAUAAGGAUGUGCACCAAAAUCCAGCUUAGUUUGAAUUAUUCCAUCAUUUGGCCCCGAAUUCGUCUAAUUUAACUGGACUAUUGAUUUUAAUGUUAAGUAUAAGAUACACGAACAAAAAACAUCGCAUAAUGGUUUAAGUUUUACUAUUUAUUUUCUAAGUUUUUCUACUGUCAUUAAAAAUUUUCAUACUGCGUGCCAUCCCUUUUCGUUGAUAUAAUUAAUAAGAUAUAUUUCAAUUCUCCCCUCCCUCUUCCCACCUCAUAAUGUGUACUCAAUCAUAUUACAGGUAUUCUUGAACCGAUCCAUUUACUAUCAAUGCGUAUAUGCAUAUUGGUUGUAAUAUUGUAUUUAUCAACAGUCUCGGCUUGCGAACGAUCUUAAAGUUUACAGAUUUAUGAUCUUAUUACUUGUAUAGGGAUACGGACUUUCCACAUAUUAACAUAUCUUCGACUGCCUCGCUGUUAUCUAUUAUACUUAUGUGUGUGUAUAAUUGCGAUGUGAAGUUUCCCAAGUUAGGAUACGGUCCAGUAUGUUUGAUCACUAUUACUAAUCACCCAAAACUACCGUUCGCAAUCCCAAGUCAUCCUAAAAUAUUUGUAGUAAUCUGAUCUUUUUAAGUUGUGAGGAUUGCUUUUAAUACCUGAAUAUAUUCUUUGUGAUAAUCUAGAUUUACGAGAUUGCGACUAUUUUUUUGAGGACAUUAGAAACCUUGUUGACUUUUCACGUUCGUUAGAAAGAAUAUUAGAAUCCCGAAGUAGACGAACUCUGAGGAUAUUUCAAGUGAACUUAAAUCUUCUAAUUUUUGGUAAAAUUCUACCCAGCGAAAAAGUUUCGCAGAAGCUCUUUAAUUUGAUUAAAAAUAUCAAUAGCACAUUUAUUUGUAUAUUGAAAAUUGAAAAAAAAUUAUCUUCAGUUUCAAUGUCCUGAAAGAAGACGUGAAUCCUUUGACGUAGUUUUGACUUUUCUAUCAAAGUAACACCUGUGCAUUAUUCUACCAGGAUAAAAAAAAAAUCACACAAAAAUUUAUAAUGUAUGUCACGAGAAACUAAAUUGAAAAUUAAAGAUGUACAGAAUAAUAGGUAUGAUUACAUACUUGAGCAAAUAUUAUUAAAUCUUUCUAAAUUAAA